AUGGAGUACUCUGUUAACCUCGAUUUGAUUCGCAAUUCACUCCGGAAACUGGCGUUUGAAAAUUUCCAAUACUUUCAGCGAUCAAGGGAAAUGGGACAAAUUGAUGCUGCAAUAUUUUAUAUUCGCAUAACACUCGGACUUUGUCCCCAGAAACAUCCAGACCGCAGCGAGACGCUGGAUGAUCUUGGGAUGUUUCUUCACGCGCGGUUUGAGCAAUACGGGAGAAUACAAGAUCUAGAGGAGACCAUCGAGCAGAUGCGUGCUGCCCUGGGACUUCGCCCAGACGGCCAUCCCAAGCGUUAUGCGACUCUGAAUAAUCUUGCACACUCCCUUCGCACUCGAUUUGAACGGUAUGCACGGACCGCAGACCUUGAUGAGGCUGUUGAGCUUCGACGUGCCGCCUUAGAACUUUGUCCCCACGGGCAUCCAUAUCGUUUCGCAUCUCUGCAUGGACUUGCAGCUUCUCUUGGAACCCGAUUUGGACAGUAUGGACGUCCUGCAGACCUUGACGAGGCUAUCAAGCAUUCUCGUGCCACUCUAGCACUCUGCCCCAGCGGCCAUCCCGUUCGCAUCUCGUCUCUGACUAAUCUUGGACUUUCUCUUCAAAUCCUAUUUGAACGGCACGGACAUAUUGCUGACCUCAAUGAGGCCAUCGAGCGUCAUCGUGCGGCCUUGGCACUGUUCCCCAACAGCCAUCCUGAUCGUUCCUUGCCCCUGAAUAACCUUGCACUUUCUCUUCAGAUUAGGUUUAGACAGCUUGGACGGACUGCAGACCUCGACGAAGCUAUCAGGCAUCAGCGCACUGCCCUGGAACUUUGCCCCACUGGCCAUCACAAACGUCCUGCAUCUCUGAACAACCUCGCGAAUUCCCUUGGAAUUCGAUUUCAAUUUGAUGGGCGUACUGCAGAUCUUGAUGAAGCCAUCGAGUGUCACCGUGCUGCCAUGGAGCUUCUUCGCGAUGGUCAUGCCGAUUGUCCUGCAUCUCUGAACAACCUCGCAGAUUGCCUUCGAACUCGAUUUGAACAAUAUGGACAAAUUGCAGACCUUGAUGAAGCCAUCGAGCAUCUUCGUGUUGCUUUGCAACUUUUCCCCAACAGCCAUCCUGAUCGUUCCUUGCCCCUGAAUAACCUUGCAGUGUCUCUCGGAAUUAGAUUUGGCCAGCAAGGACAGACUGCCGAUCUUGACGAGGCCAUCGAGCAUUUUCGGGCUGCUUUGGACCUUCGACCCAAGGGUAAUCACAAUCGUUCUUCGUCUCUAAAUAAUCUUGCACUUUCCCUUCAAGUUAGAUUUGGAGAAAAUGGGCAGACCGGAGGCCUUGACGAAGCCGUCGAGUAUCAUCGUGCUGCCCUGGGACUUUGCCCCGACGGCCAUCCCAAUCGUUCUUCGUCUCUGGCCAACCUUGCAAAUUCCCUUACGACUCGAUUUGAACGGCAUGGACGGACCACAGACCUUGACGAAGCCAUUGCGCUUCAUCGUGCUGCCCUGAAACUUCGCCCAGAAGGCCACCCUGAUCAUUCUGGAUCACUGCGGAAUUUCGCUCUGUUAUUGUACUCUCAGUUCAAGACAUUUGGGCUCAUGGACAACUUCGACGAUUGCAUGCAACUACUCGAAGAUGCUACCAUGUAUAAAUUUUCAAGCCUAGUGAUACGUCUCGAAGCCGCCAGUCAAUGGGCUACUCUUGCUCAACUACAUGCUCAUCAUACCGUGUCUAGAGCUUACAAGAUGGCAUUACAGUUGCUGCAACGCGCCCUCAUUAUCAGUCCUACUCUUCAUGCACAACAUGAUUUCCUCAAACGGAAAAACCCCUACAGCCAUCACAGAACAUUCACACGAGACGCAGUUGCCAAUGCUGUGAAGGAAAAUAACCUCGAGGAGGCUAUAGAGAUACUUGAGCAAGGAAGAGGUCUGCUCUGGUCGCAGAUGCGUGGCUUUAGGAUGCCUUUAGAUCUCCUCGCAGAAACGAAUAGAGAGCUUGCUGACAGGUUUAGGAAUGUUAGUAACCGACUGGAGGGUCUUGUGACAUCAUCUACCGGGUUACAACCUGAGUCGACUGCAGCCGGAAUCGGGUCAUCUGUACUGGACAUAUAUAGAGAACGGAAAAUGUCCGAGGAGAGGCUAAGGCUAAAGAGGCAACUCUCCAACGAGCAGGAAGAGAUUAUUACCGAGAUACGAGGUAUCCCGGGUUUCAAGGACUUCCUAACAGCUACACCGUUUAAAAUACUUCAGGGGGGGGGGGCCUCGGAGGGUCCAAUCAUAGUGGUCAAUCAUAGUAGAUUUCGAUCCGAUGCGCUUAUAAUGCUUGCCCGUGGGGAUCUACCAGUUGUCUGUGUCCCAUUAGAUGGAGAAUUUUACGAGGAUAGCAUCGAGUUAUACACCAAGCUCUUGAAAACACGACAGCGUUGUACAGCUAGUUCGUCCGAAUACGACGAGGUGCUCCGUGAAGCAAUGAAGAUGUUAUGGGAUAGAGCUGUCUCCAAAGUCGUCAAUAAACUUGAGGAGCUGGGGAUUACGGAAGGAGUGCGUUUAUGGUGGUGCCCUACAUCCGUGCUGUCUGCACUUCCCUUCCAUUCUGCCGGCCCGUUCAAUGAUGCAGACGGCACUACAAAGUACCUCCUGGACAAAUACGUAUCGUCAUAUACACCGACGCUUGGAACACUCAUCAAUGCGCGAUUAGAUGGGCACGGAGGAGAACCAAAUGCACUUAUUGUUGGAGAUACUUCGCUUCCGUCGGCUAAGGACGAAAUUCGCAAGAUCAAGAAUUGUGGCAUAAUGACUCGACUACUCAGCAGUAAUGCGUCUCAUGAUGCACUUAUUAAAGAGCUUCGAAAGACGACAUGGGUCCAUUUCGUUUGUCAUGGAGGCUUGGAUCCAAAGCCUUUCAACUCGUCAUUCAAGGUAUCUGACCGCGGGCUGACUUGGCUUGAUAUCAUUCAAGCGAAUCUCCCAAGCGCGGAGUUUGCAUUCCUGUCUGCCUGUCAUACCGCUGAGCAGCCACACGAUGGUACUCAUGACGAAGUGCUUCACCUAGCCGCGGCAAUGCAGUUCUCUGGGUUCCGAAGUGUGAUUGGAUCGAUGUGGGAGUUACUUGAUGUAGACGGCCCCUUCUUUGCCAAGACGGUCUAUGAGUACAUGAGCGACUGCGAUGAGGGCGAGGCAAUGCACAAGCGAGCAGCAGCUGGACUUCGCAAAGCGGCUGUAGAGCUUAAAGAACGGCCUGGUAUUCAGACUGAGAGAUGGGUCAACCUGAUUCACAUAGGUGUAUAA